CUGUUCAACUGAGGGACCGAGUGAGACACAUGGAGAUAAAACAAACAGACAGUAGAAAGCAGGUCACGUGACAGUGAAGGAACUACCCGAACAGAAAUAUUUGUACUUUGCAUGGGAGGCAGGAAACAAGACAACUACCUGUGGAGAUGGGAAGUACCACCCUCCCAGUGUACCUCAAUGUGAGUGUGGGGAUGAUCAACUCGUCAUCAGAUCCAGCUAAGAAUGAGGAGGGUUACAGUGAAGCAACAAUGAUCUUGCUGGGCAUAAUCAUGUCCUUACUUGUCCUGUGCAUUGUCUUUGGCAACAUCCUGGUCAUAACAGCGAUCACCCGCUUCCAGCGUCUCCAAAAUGUCACCAACUGUUUCAUAAUUUCACUGGCCUGCGCUGACCUGGUCAUGGGUCUCAUCGUGGUUCCUUUCGGCGCCUGCUACAUCAUCUUUAAGACCUGGCACUUUGGUAGUUUCUGGUGUGAGUUCUGGACUGCGACUGAUGUUCUCUGUGUGACUGCAAGCAUCGAGACCUUGUGCGUCAUAGCUAUAGAUCGUUAUUUGGCCAUCACCUCUCCGUUCCGCUACCAGUCGAUGCUGACCAAGUGCAAGGCUCGCAUUGUGGUUGUGCUGGUGUGGGUAAUUGCCGCCUUGAUAUCUUUCCUGCCCAUCCACAUGGAAUGGUGGACAUCAGAUGAUACUGUAGCCACGGAUUGCAUCAAGAACAGUACCUGCUGCGAGUUCUACACCAACAUGGCUUAUGCCAUUACCUCCUCUAUCAUCUCCUUCUACAUCCCUUUGGUCGUCAUGGUUUUUGUCUACAGCCGCGUUUUCCAGGAGGCCAGGCGCCAACUGAAGAAGAUUGACCAAAGCGUUGGACGUUUUCACAACAGCAACCUCAAAUCUCUGGAGGCCAACAACGGGCGUGGCAACAAGAAGGUCAAGUUUUGCCUGCGGGAACACAAAGCCCUGAAGACACUGGGCAUUAUCAUGGGGAUCUUCACUCUGUGCUGGCUGCCCUUCUUUCUGCUCAAUGUGGUGGUGGCCAUAUGGAAGGUGGAGGACAUUGAUCUCACCUUCAGGAUACUCAACUGGAUAGGUUACGCAAACUCUGCCUUCAACCCGCUCAUUUACUGCCGGAGUCCUGAGUUUAGGUACGCCUUCAAGGAAAUCCUCUGCAUGAAGAGGAACCGCCUCAGCAACCGCUGGCCUGUGAACGGAUACAUCUACAGCAGGCACAGCUGGCAGAGCGAGCAGCAAGGGAGGAGUAAGGGCAGCUUGGAAGACAGUGACACUAAUGAAGGGUGUCCGGGGAAGGGAGCGGGGGUCUGCAGCAUUGCGGACAGAGCAAUGGACCCCAACAGAAAUUGCAACAAAGGCCUAUCGACGGUAACAACGGUCCUUUGAACUUGGAGCCCUGAGACUUCUGUCAACAGAGCCAUCCAAACAUGUUUACACUGCUAACAUAAACUUUUUCGAAUUGACUAAUGAAGGUAAGGUCAGUCAAACUGACUGGUAGAGACUGCUUAACAGAAACUGUAAUAAUCAUGUUCAGCACAGUGAAUACAUUCUGUAGGUAGAUCACUUUUACUUUUGUUACAUUUUUCAUGUUGAACUUCCAUCUACCUCAUCACAUCUUUUUCAACAUUUGUUUCUUUACUAUUAGUUACACUAGGGCAGUAUCUCAGCCAUUUAUUUACUCUACUAAAUGGUUUGUGCAUUAUAUAAAUUGAGAAUUAUCUGGCUUAGAUUGAAUUUGUGGACAUAUUUUUUGUCUCAGAGUUCUUGGCAAAACAUCCCACAAUUUAUUAUCUUAAAAAUGUUUUUGGUAUUCAAAGUAAAUGUCUUUGGAGGCUGUAAUUUUCAUUUGAGCAUGCCAAUUCGGCAUGAAUUGCGAAUAAUUUCUAUCAGAAAACAGAUGCGGUGCAUUCUUUUGAUGGAUUGUCUCAGUGUGAAGGAUAAUCAUCAACAGGUGUGGAAGAUCCUCUCUCUCUCUCUCUCUCUCUCUCUCUCUCUCUCUCUCUCUCUCUCUCUCUCUCUCUCUCUCUCUCUCUCUCUCUCUCCUCACUGCUCAGCAAUGUUGUGAGGCCCUGCUCCCUGCUCAAGUGUUUUACAACCGAAUGCAUGCAUGUUUCUGCUGCCAGCAGAUAGCACCAGAAAUAUGAAGUUAUCUACGUCUCCCUGGUGCAAGCGAACUAACGCCCAGGGCCAUGCUCUGAUAGGUCAUAUUGUAAAUUCCAUAAUGAUACAUAAAGAUUCCAUAAUCAGCCCUAAAGAUAUCUAGUAUAUUUCAGUGCAAAGCAGAUGGCUUGCAGCUGCUAUAUGAAUACAUUCAAAUGCACAAAUUUGCUGCUACACAGCCGACCAGUCAUAUCUUGCACUCUGUCCACUGGUUCAUUUGUGCGACAUGCAAACCAGUAUUUGGUGCAUUAUUUAGCCAAUAAGGCAAAUGAGUCCUCCCUGUCCCCUCUGUGUGCCGGUAGCAACAGUUACAGUUGUUCCUUUUGUUUCAUAAGCCCUGUUUGUUUAUUAAAAUGUGUGGUUGCUGUGUUUCAGCACAGUGUUUACUGAAACCAGAGAAGCCGUUUCCUUAGUCAAGGAGCGAGGGUACAAAACCACACACAAUAAUAAACAGUGCAUUGAUAAAGACAAGUUCCAGGCCUGAGACUGGCAGUGAUGGUGACAAACUCAGAGGCCAAUAAAUGGAGAUGAGAAAAACAGUCCUGAACGUCCCUGACAUUUCCCAGAGUCUCCUCACUGUUAAACGGAUGUGUGGACCUUCAUGAAAUGAGUCUCACGUUUGGAUGUGACACUCAGGAAUCUACUGAGCAGUGCCUCAGCUGUUCCAGUUGUUUCAGUCAGUCUACUUUAGACGCUGCUUGGUGUGCAGUCUCCAGGAAAUGCCCCCAAUCCAGCUGAGCCCAGCCCAAUAAACACAAAUAAUUCCAUUAUCUCCAACGUUUAGCUGGAGAAUCAGAUAACUCCCUCUCAGGGAACACUGAAAUAGAUUACUACAUUACAAAAUAUACAGAUCCAAAUGUUCAUGAUGAGAAACCUGAAAUGAGACUCUCUUUCUUAUCACCCGUCUUAAACUCAAAGGCUCUUGGGAAUGAUCCAUUUUGAUGUAGGCAAGCAUUACUGGAAAAUAAGCACUUUGAAUGCAGGAGCUUGAUUUGGACAAUUCACCCACUUUUCUCACACUAAAUGAUAGGUGUAGCAGAUGUAACACCCUUUUCCCAAGUGGUGAUCUCUCUGUUCUGAUCAAAGUGACAGCAUGCUAAAUGUGGCUUCUGAAGGCGGGAGGGGGAGCAGGGGUUCUCUGCCAGUCUAAAUCGGUGUUAGUGACCUGUGUUUUAGUGCAUGUAGCGUUAAAGUCAGCUGACACUGUCAAAACUGUGAACUUUGUUCCCUCAGAGUUAUCCAUAUGUACUGUAACGCUAGGUUUGGGCAGCACUGUUGUCACAGACCUUAGGAAUAGACGUAAAUACGGUGUCAUCUUGCGUCAAUGUUUGCCAUGUGAAAAACAAGCUUUCCAGUGUGUUGAUCUUUUUUUCUGUUUUUCUUUUUCAUGGAUUUACAGCAAAGUAAAUUCAGGGGUUGAAUGUCAUAACAAAUGUUCAGGGUUUUUUCUCUCUAACAUACAUAUUGUAUUUAUUCAGUCACAAUUAAAUGACGCAUUGACGUUAAAUUAGUGAAUCACUGCUGGAUCAAAAACAGGUCUGUAUUUAAGUCAUCUGUCAUUUUGUGGAAGCACUUUGCAAAGUGAUCGUCUGCUAUGGUGUAUUUGUGGUGAUGUAUGUGUGAACUGUGGUGCCAUUUCCUUUCAAAGUGAUCUGUUUAAAUCCAAGUGGAGUAGGUUGUGAACUAUAUAUCCACACUGCUCCCUCCUGGCAGUGUCCUCUCGUUGCACCUCAGCUGUCUCAGAGUUAUUAAUGGUUACCGUUUCAUCAAUGCACCUGUAUAAUAAGGAAUGUAAUUCAUGUCUUCACUUUUUCAUGCUGGAGGACACACCAGAGUUACGAGCUCUUAGUCUUGAAUGAUUCGUUGACACUACAACAUUCCAAGUACAGCUGAAGGUUAGUCUACUGAUGCAUACAAUGAACAGCUUACCCAUUUUAUCAACUGGUAUGAGUUUACCAACUCUGCAAAUACAAAUGAAUGUUGAAUGCGUUACUCCCCAUGAUGUAAUUUAGGUUGUUUGCUAACUUAAAGCAGCACUGUACUGUAUAGCACUUUCAUGGAACAUGUGUAGAAUGUUUAAACAAUUGAAUCCACGUUUGAGUUCAUGAACUAUAAUCAAUUCCUGGCUGGAGAGUUCACUUGUACCAUAAUAUUUUUGUGGAAGUCCUCUUUCCUGUUUGCAGCUUAAAGUAAUGAGAAUCUGCAAAAUCUCAGCACAGAUGUUGUCGGAGGUGGACUGUUAGAAAUAAAUUGAUGUACGUGAAUGUGAUUUUUCUAUGAAUAUUGCUUUAUGCUAUAUGAAAAAUAAACAGAUGGCAUGUGAAGCUUUUUUCUCGCCACUCAGCUGAAUGUUUACUAAAUGUUUGCAAAAACCAUUUUUGCACAAGUUUUUGUCACUGUAUGUUACGGUAAUGAAGCCUGAUACAACAUGUGGUAUCCUGUGAUAUUUAUGAAAAAACAAAUGUAUAUGCUGUAACAUUUAUAUUGUAAUAAAUGAUGUACAUGAUGCAUGCAAUGUCCUCA